CGUGUUUUAAGGAGGGAGCUAGACCGUUCGCCAGGGGCUGACUAGCUGGGGUCUUUUAAAAGUGCAGGGAUGUAUUUGUUUAGGGCUUAAGAUCUCGAUAAUGGAAAAUGUUGAACAGCCUCAAAACCUGAGAUUUCCAUUGACUUACGAAUGGUUGUUGUGAUGAUAGUCCCCUUCAGUGGACAACAGCAUGCGACUGUUCAUGCGGAUCUCCAUUGAUUUCCGAACUGACAAACUAAUUACCGGACAGCCCUCUUUUUUUCGGUUUAAGCAUACUUUUGUAUUCCACCAUCAACAGAGGUGGUCCUUUAUGCUAAGCAUCAAAACAGAAAAGCAACAGCACAGCGUUUCCCCAGCAGACCAAACAAAGCUGAAAAAGGUUGAACCCGUUCCUACACAUAGCCACUGGAAAGCGAUGGUUCAUGGUUCUCCACAGUCAUCGAACCAAGUUUUUCAAAAACUGCUAACGUGCCACAGACCUUAAUUUCGUCCUGCGAGAUAAAUAAACUUGGCUUUUUACGGCAGGCCCCAAACAUCAAGCUCUGGGAAUACGGAUGUCCACAGCUCCGUGUAAAAGAAUCGUUCAAAGCCCCCAACGUUCGAAACCAUAUGCUCGGCCAUACACUGAAUCUUGGCCUAUGGGACGUUUGGCGGCUCUCCUUCAGCUCCGUGGCAAGUAACGAGGAGAACCAAGGGUGCAUCUAGUUGAAAGUUGCUGGCGUUUCACGCAAGUACGUUAACGGUUACCUAACGGGAACCCUGGGGUCAGCUAGCAUCGGCUACCCUAUGCAGAAACCUCGGCGCAACAAGUUAUGGUUUCGAGAUCAAAGCUAGUCCACCCAACCUCGAGGAUUUGCGCGUCACGCUGGCGCGGCAUUGAGUGGAGAUCGUAUGGAACCGUUGGCCAGCCAAGAAGCUGUGAAUGCAUACUCCCUGCGAAGGUCGGAGGAGACAUCGGAUCUAAGCUGAUUAACUACCUAAUUAGAGAGCAAUGACAUUUGUUCGCUAUACUGAGCGCUCCAUACAGGCAUCCGGGCGCGGGGGGGGGGGGGGAAGGAAAUUUGGUUAGGGCCAUGCGCCUCCGCUCUCAGGUGCUAAAAGAUGGGGAUAAAGAUCUAGGUUUUGCCCGUUACUUGCCAUCAUUUCCUAGGAAUUGAGUCACGCAUAAAGGGCAGAAUUUUGGUAUACAGCCAAUCCCAGUCCCUUCAAGCCACCGCUCAAAGAUAGCAGCCUUCGUUUGUCUGCGUAUCUCGAGUGGGCGUUCACUCUGUUUCCAUCUCUUCCUCUUGGACUUGCCGCAGCGCGUGGAGAGAGCCAUAUGCGCAAGAGGCGUGGACAGGAGUAAGAUUAAAUUUCCAUCGCUGCGAAUUCUCCGGCAUUGGACCGACGGGCCCACUUUGCAUGGAGUCCCUGAAAAUUUUAUUUUAAC